UCAUGUUUAACAUGUUAUUAUUUUUUGACAGUAGGCAAAGUUACUGUUUUAAGUUUCGUUUCCUAUAUAUUGUUAUAUUAAUAAAUAGUGAUUUAUAAAUUGAUAUAUGAAAAAAAAAAUCAGUUUGUACAUUUUUUAUUCAUUUUAUUGCAUGUAUAUCUCUGUGAUAAGUACUAUUUUUUUUUAUUGAAUGACGACAAGAAGGUAUUUUAGGAUAAUAUGUCAGUUAUAAUAGUUGUGCAUGACACAUGACAAUACUUUAGGAUGAAUUAUACAAUAGCACACAAAAUAUAAUUUUGGCAAAAACAUUUUUUUUUCAUGAAAAUUCUAAGAAUAGUUGACAUGUUAGGCAACAUUAAGGGAUAUACUAUUUGACAAAAACUAAUCAGCAUCAGAUUUCAUUUAGAAUCUUGAUGGAAUAUAGACUAGAGAAAGUGUUAGCUACCACUGCUCUCAAACCUCUCUUACUUUUAGGCACUAAAUUACCUGAACAUUUUUUUUUUUCAUUUUUUUUCUUGAAUUCCAUUUCCAAACAUUUUAGUGCAAUAAAGAACACCUGUUUUCUUACAAAUAUUUUUGUCCAUAUUAAAUUGGUUUUUUUUUUUUGUCUUUUCUCCAUCAAAUCAAAUCCACUAUUGAAUUUCAGCAGAAGAUACAAUUUUGGAUACUGCAUUAUUUAUAAGUAAAUAUUCCUAAUAGAACUAUCUUUCAUCUCUCCUUUUGUGUCCUGUAUAAGUAGUAGACUGCUUUAUGGCAUUAAAUUCUAUUUGAACUACUAGUCCUCAUUAAAUUUCCAUUAUCUUCACUGGCCAAGAGUGGGAAAACAAAAUCACAAUUAAACAUAUCACUCUAUCCAGAAGAAUUGAAGAAACUAAUAGUAAAUAAAAUAAAUGAGAAAUGGACAAGCUCUCAUCUGAAUCACAAGAAAGAUGAUGCCUUUUAUAGUUUAUCCCAACAAGAUAAGCAUCUAAUCUUUCGACUCAGGACCAGACACAACAGAAUGAGACAACAUAUGUACCGGAAGCUCAAAAUUGGAACCAGUGAAAUCUGCCCAUGUGGAGUGUAACCAGAGAAUGCUAACCAUGUCCUCCAAAACUGCUCUCUUUACCAAGAAGCCCAUACAAGACACUGGCCCCAAAACACCUCAAUACAAAGAAAACUAUAUGGAGAGCUCCCUGAUUUGGAAACCACUGCGCAUUUCAUCACAUAUAUUGGUCUAGUCAUCUGAACGCUCCAGCAUAAAAAUGAGAAUGAAGAAGAUCCUCUAGUCUUUAAAACAAAAUAAAAUAAAGCUAUUCUUCUAUAAUUUUUCUAUUUUCUUUCUAGUCUAUGUACUGCUGUAUUAAUUUCUAUAACUCUGUUGAUUAUUAUUUUUUAACCAUUUGCUUUUUUAUUUUAUGAUGGGAAUAAAUGUGAUAGUUAAACUUAAAUCUACAAAAUUCUUUUUCUUUAGAGUAAUUUUAAGACUUUGCAAUGUAUUUGUAUAUUUGUUAAAUUAUUUUUGUUUUUUCCUUUUUCAUUUAGUCUUUUGUAUUUAAAGGACAAAGCCUGAAUGUCAACCUCAUAAGCUUUAAAUACAUCUGCCAAGCCACCUUAUUGGGUGGAGCCCAUAAUAAAUCAUGAAAAACUUAAAAGCUUAGUCAUUGUGUUGUCUACACAUUGUGGGCUGAGCUUAAGUUAUCAGAAGAAACAAGUGCUUUGUUCCGAGGGAUACCAUGAACACUAUAUAUUUUUUUUUAUUUUGCUAAGAUUGUUUUGUUUUUUUUAUUCUAAAGAAGAAUAUCAUAUAAAUAUUAAGACAGUUGGGUUUUUUUUUUUACUGUAUUUGCAAAAAUAUUCAUUGAUAUUGAAUUCUAAUUUGUAAAAAAGAAAAAUUUAGUGUAUAUAAAUGCUUACAAAACAAAUAGAUUUUUUCCCUCAUGUUAGAUUAUAUAUAUAUAUUUAGUCAUACAUUUCAUUUAUAUUGUUAAUGAAUAUAAACCUUUUGAGAUUGAAUUUUUAAAUUUAAAAACUCACAUAGUUUCAAACUAAGUCUUUUUUGUGUGUGUGUGAGAAUGAAUCUCCAAAGUCUCCAUUUACCAAAAGAUGAAUCAAUUUUCUUUUUUGUUGUUAUUGUUUUUUUACAGUUAUAAUUUCAACUUAUUUUUUAGUAUAUUUUAAAAAUCGUUUUGUUUGCUAUUGUAUUUUUUUAUAACAAAUAUUUUUAACUAGCAUUUAUUUGUCCCUGUUAUCCAAUAUACGUUUGAAUUGCAUCAAAAUAGAUAUACCCAGUACUAUCAGUUACAAAUUGUUUGUUUGCAAUAAAAAAAAAAGUGUAGUAAAAAGGAUCUGUAAAAAAAAUGCCAGCAAAAUCCAAUACAUUUUUGAGACAAUAAUCAAAAACUUUUACUGAUUUUCAGUGUUCUUUCUUCUAUCAUAUGUUUAUUAGAGUCUUUAGUUAAGAGUUCACUAUUGUCUUAAAAUUUGUAUUAAGUUUGAAAGGGGAAAAUCCACUAGUAGUUUUGUUUUGUCUGUCUGCUCAUCUGUUUCUCGUGUAUAAAUCUCAAAAUCAAAAAGCUAUAUUGAAAAUCAUAUUCUUAAGUGUACUAAAAAUUGGUUGAAUAGGUUUUUUUUUUGUCUUUUGAAAGCUAACACUUUUUAUUAUCACUAUGAAAAAUACAAACUCUUUUUUUUUCAUACAAAUACAGAAUUUUUAAAACAAGACUUUACAAAUCUUGUAGUGUGUACACAGAAGAAUAGUAACUAAAUGAAAAUAUUUUUUUUUUUUAAAUAUAAUUAAUUUUUUUGGGGGUGGGCUGACAUUUAGAUGUAAAUUGUUGUUUUUGAAAGGCUAUAAAAAAUAAAUAUGACACAAAAAUAUAUAAGUUUUAUAUGUGUUCAUAUGUGGAUUAACUAUGUAACUGGUGUAUGAUUAAGAUUUAAUCAGCAGUUCCUAUUAUUUAAUAGUUAUACAUAAUGCUAUUACCAGAUGUUGGUGCAACUCUUUGCAUGAAAAAAAAAACACUGGCCAAUGUCAGGUAGGUGACAAGCAAGACAGCAAGUAAAGUUUUUACCAUCCUGCAUCGAAUAAAAUCUCAGGCAAUCAUGCUUUAUAGAUUUUGUAUGCGGGAAGAUGGGAUUGUGGUUAUUCAGUUUCCACAUAUGAAAAUUUCCUAUAACUUUAGAUUUAUUCAAAGGUACACUUAGCUCUUUAUAUUAACAAUUACUUCUAAAAGCCACUUAUUCAUAUGUCAAAAAGGAAAGCAAUUUAUUGUGUAUUCCUGUAUAUAGUAUUACUAGUAGGAUAAAUCACUUGAAACAGAAUCAGCAGAACUAAUUGCUGGUCUUUACAGGGAAUCUGGUUCUAAAUAAAUGUAUAUAUUAAUGUGUGUUGAUGUUCAACUUGUUGAUACUGAUAAGCAAAUGUGUAACUAAGCAUUGAGAUACUGCUUCAACUAAAUGACCUUGACACACUUUUGGUAAUCAGGGUUUGUUACAAUUGAAUUAGGGCUGGUAACUCUCGUCAUUAAAUAGGAACACAUCUUAAGUUUAGCACACAAGAAAAAAUAGUGAACAAUGUGGUUUUGAGAUUGAUUGCAUGAUUACAGUAAGUAAACUUGCAUCUUACAUUACAGGUUGCUGCUGAGAUCAGAUGUUUUGUUACAACUGUAACAAAGUUUAGAAUGGUAAAGAUGAACAAUCUUUUGUGACUUUUUUACAAAUUAUAUAGACACUCAAUGAAAGAUUUUCAAUGCCCAGUUUUUUAUUUCUUCAUUAAUUCUCCUUAUGAGUCUCACAAGCUCUUGUUUUGCUUUUAAAAAUGUUUCAUUCAAGUUUGGACAUUGUUGCAAGCAGUUAUAUCUCAAUGCUUAUAAAGAUUACAGUGAACUGAAACAGACAUUUAUAAAGUAUCAAUUAAAACUUAGUACUUGUCGAAUGAUGAGUUCCAAGACGAUGAGCUCUUCAACAGAGACUGGGCUGAUAGUGCCAACUUUUAAUGACAAAGUAUUGUCAACAUCAGUUGACCUGAAUAUGCAGUUGGUGAUGGAGGCUCGAUCUAUAUUUCAGACUGCUGUAAAUGCAGUUCUUCCACAUCAGAUGAUAUGGAAUAAACUCAACUAUGAUCCAAAAAAAUCAACUUUACAUGUAGAUGGUAUUGAAUAUAUUCUUAACAAUAACCUCUAUGUUGUGGGAUUUGGAAAAGCAGUUAUUGGUAUGGCUCGAGCCAUUGAGGAUAAACUGGGAGACCAUAUGGUUACUGGUGUUUUAAGUGUACCUCAAGGAAUAUCCAGAGCCUUGCUUAAUGCUGGAAAACAAGACAUGCUUCUGUUACCUUCAAGCAAAUUUGAAGUGAUAGAGGGCGCUUCACAGAAUUUGCCUGAUAAAAAUGCUUAUAAAGCAGCUAUGGAAAUAAAAAGAAUAGCAAUGCAAGUGAGCGGUGGUGAUAUAUUGAUUGUACUCAUCUCAGGUGGAGGCUCUGCAUUGUUGCCUGCCCCUGAGCCACCAGUAACCUUAGAUGACAUGCUUACAGUAACUAAACUCAUGUCCCGAGCAGGAGCAACUAUCAUUGAUCUUAACACAGUUCGUAAACAGAUAGACAUACUCAAGGGUGGUGGUUUGGCCGAGUUAGCUUGGCCUGCCAAGACCAUUUCUCUCAUAUUGUCAGAUGUUAUUGGAGACCCUCUAGACUUUAUUGCCAGUGGACCAACAGUUCCUGAUUGCACAUCACCACAAGAUGUACUCAAACUGUUUUCAGAACUGGGCAUCAAGGAUGCAGUGCCGCAGAGUGUGCAUGAAGUCAUUCAAAGAAAGUUGCAGCAGACAUCAAGCGUCUCAUGCUCACCAGUCAGUCAAACCACGGAGGAAAAUUCAAGGCCACACGAUUGGUCACAUGUCCAAAAUGUUUUGGUAGGCACCAAUAAAAUAGCCUGUGAAGUGGCUUUUGACAAAAGUUUAGACUAUGAGUUACUCCCCCUGAUACUUAGUACAGAGGUUAAAGGUGAAGCCAGGGAAGUAGGAGAACUGUUUGCAGUUCUAGGCAAAUUUAUUGCUGGUGCAUUCAUUACUAACAGCACUGUGAAUGAUUUGGAAAGUCUACUUAAAACUGAAUAUAAAACUACAGAAAAGAAUAUUCUCACAAAAGCUCAAAUCCAAGAGAUUUCUGACAUAGUCAACAUGGCUAAGACUUCUGGCAGAAGUGGCAUAUGCAUUGUGGCUGGCGGGGAAACUACUGUCACAGUCAGAGGAGAAGGAAAAGGUGGUCGAAAUCAAGAAAUGGCUGUAGCAUUUGCAUUGAAAAUGGCAUCUCGUCCUCUUCCCCCACAUGUCAAGGUCAUUUUUCUGUCAGCAGGAACAGAUGGGCAAGAUGGGCCUACACCAUCUGCCGGAGCAGUAGUCAGUCCAGAGUUCCUUUCUCUUGCUCAAACAUCUGGCCUAGAUGCGGCUGAUUACUUGGAUAGGAAUGAUACUCACACAUUACUUUCACUAGUGGACAAUGGUUCUUGUCAUGUCGUAACAGGAUUGACUGGUACCAAUGUUAUGGACCUUCACCUGCUGAUAGUCAAAUCAAACAGUAUAUAAUGACCUGCUUAUAGUCAAAUCAAACAGUAUAUAAUGCAUUUUACAUAUUUAUUAUAGGCAAUAUUUGUUAAGUUUUUAUCAAUAUUUUGUAAUUCUGAUUAAACAGAUUUGUAGUGAAUUAUAUUCAGCUUAUCAAAUUUUUUUCUCUUAUUUGUUAAAUUAUUAAGAUUUUAAAUGUAUUUCUUCUUUAAAACCUUUUUCUUUUUAAAUGUAUAUACAUAUUGCCAUUGUGCAAUAACUCUAUUAAAAUGCAUUCAGAUGUUAAAUGUCAGUAACUUUAGAAGUUAAAUAACAGAGGAUUUGUUUCUUUAAGACUAAGACUGCUUGUUUGAUCCUUAUUAGUUAUUUACAAGGACUCUGUUCUCAAUAAAAACUACUUGCAGUCUAAUAUUAAUUACAUUAAAUAAAUUAAAUCUAUCAAUGCUUGUCA